AUGAAGAUAUGCCUCUGCGAUCCUGACGAGCCAUGGCAAAGGCAGAUAUACAAGGAUGAAGUGGAUAUCCACAAGAGUCUAGAUCAUCCCAAUGUGGUCCAGUACAUUGAUGACUUGCAAUCCGAGAACAUGAUAAUCAUUGUCAUGGAGGAAUGUCAAGGAGGGAGUCUGGAGACUUUGCUUGAGGAUGCUAGUAAGAAUCACCACAGCACAAAGCUGCCGGAGGAGCAGGUCGCUCCACUCAUGGCGGGUGUAGUCCAGGCGCUCCACUAUCUUCACACCCUUGACCUUGUCCACCAAGACAUUAAACUGGGUAACAUUUUGAUCGACGACAAUGGCAAUGCCAAGGUGGCCGACUUUGGCAUGUCCUGUUAUAAGCAGAAUGGACGAAAGUUUUAUGGCAAGGUCAAAACGGCGUAUCACGCCCCAGAGAUGGCGAAUACGGACGCGCUUAGCCCGGCCAUUGAUGCCUACGCCUUUGGAGCGAUUUUAUACCGGCUCCUCGUUGGAAAAGAGUACGAUCGUCAGGGCUGGCCAGAUGUGGCCACUGAAGUCGCCAGGGCCACCAUCCGCGAUCUUUUGAGGUACGACUUCUUCGACAAGUACAUCCCAAAGGAGAAAAGAAGCCUUGAGGGUUCAGAUCAUGCGAGUGACACGCCCAGCAAGCGCGCAGCGCGUGGAACAUCUGAAGCACUGGAGGGCUCAACAUCAUCAUCUCUUGCCUCUACAAUAUCCAAUCCUGUUAUCUCCUCUUCCUCGUCCCCUUUCCCCUCUAGUCCGCCACAUGUCUUCCCGCCUUCUUCAAACGAGGCGAGAGACCCAUCAUCGCCCGAGAAUGAUGAUUGGUGGUUGGAGGACGGUACCGAAGACGAGGAGGAGGAUGACGAGCUGGAUGACGAGAACGAGCUGGAGACCUCAGGGGGGGAGGAUGAUGAUUAUGGCGACGAUGACGACGAUGCCGAGGUUAAGGUUGCCCAGGAGAUCGAGGACGCCCAAGCCGAGGAGGGUGAUAAGGGCAAGGAGGCACAGAAGAGCACUGUCAUCGCCGAGGCCAGUGAGGAAACCGCCAAGGAAGACCACGACACCACCAACGCCAACAUCGCCGAGGAGAAGAUCAACGACAAGGACAAGAAGUGCCUCUAUACCGCUCACAUCUCAUCGGAUACCGACAACGACAACGCAUCAGAGUUGGUCAAUCAAGCACAUCUUCCCGACGCCACCUCGUAA